AUGGAUAUCGAACACAAUGCUCUUUGUGAUGCUGACAGGCUCAUUGUGGGAGAAGGACCUGACAAUGAUGUUAUCCAUCGAUAUUGUUCGCGAGAACGAAGAUUUGGUAAUGAAACGGAAGAUGAGCUGCUAAAGGAUAGAUUCAAGGUGAUAAAGUCCAGAUCGCGCUAUCUUACUCUUACCUGGACCACCGACUUCAGUAAUGAAUAUCGUGGUUGGAGAAUUGACUACGAGUUUAUCCCAGAAGGAUCAGAAUGUGGAUUUACAACACAUGCAAUGUCCGGUGUGGUACAUUCUCCCAAAUGGCCUGAAGACUAUGGAAAUGAUGAGGAAUGUAUAUGGGAUAUACAGGUCCCACUUGGCUACCAUAUUCAUCUGCAGUUUACGCAUUUUGACAUCGCUCCAUCUGAGGAUUGUGCAAAGGAUUCACUCAUUAUAUCGCAAGAACACUCGUCCCGAGCUUUCGCUCCGAUUGGCGACUACUUCUUCCUGUUUGAAGAUGAAGAAGCGCAUUCACCACUCUGUGGAAUCACCUUACCCAAAGCGUUCCGUUCGGAAAGCAACAGGAUAAGGUUCACUCAGUUUUGAUG